AUGUUGGCAUUAAAAAGUUGCUACAAAAAUGUCUAUAUGGCGCAAGUGACACAAGGUUGUGGACAACAGUCGCUUUCACGACUAAAGUAUGCUCCUUUAUCGUGCUUUCUGACAAUCAAGAAAUUGGAGAAAAGUCUGCUGAACGUUCUUACAUCGGCUGUGGGAUUUAUGGAGGGGUAUGAUUCGGAAGGCCUCAUACCGUCGCUUGGAUUACUGGAGAACAACAGGAGACAAUCUCUUUUACUUGUUCCAUACUGUACGAGUACCGGAACGGAAACCAUUACCCCGCAAAUGCCUGCUGUAAAGCCUAUCAGUCUUCAGAGUAGCAAACCACGGCCGCUGUACAACCCAUUACCUACUCUGAGAGUACUUGACACCAAAACUCAACGCACAAGAUGCCCCAUGGUUUCUUCGUCUUGCUCGUACGAUACUGGAGGUCUCUCCCGGGGUUUUUUUUCUGGGGAAGAGUUUGCCUACACUCUUCUCAACUCCACAAGUUCGUAUCCAGACGCAUUAAGGGUAGUAACUCUCUUGCUGGCGAGUGGAGUUCAUAUUCCAAGGAAAAUUAUUUUGGAACUUUGUGAUCGUUUGGCAGCAGAAGAUAAUGAGGCCGCCUGGACCAUAGCUUCACUCCUUGAAACAGAGCUUUCUCUCUCCGAGUACAUGCUUUCACUGAGUAUUGAUCCGUCAAGAAGGCGAACGUCGUCGGCCUUUGUGGCGCAAAAAGCAGUGGCCAAGCUUCCUUUAUUCGACGCCGUAGAACAGCCUCUGUGCGGGGAAGAGUUAAGGAACGUGAGAUGUAGCCGACUUCAGAGCGUGCGAAAGAAAAAAAGUAUGAUUCACCGGAAGGCGCAGUUACACCCUGUAGUGGAAAAAAUGAAAGAGCGAAGUGGACAAACUAGUGAGAGAGAAUGA